AUGGUCACCGCUAAUCGACCUAGCUGUCGCAGGUGCCAUGCAAGAAAGGUCAAAUGCUCCGGGGGGAUGCCCUGCAGUGGUUGUCUCCAGGCAGAUAAAACAUCAGAAUGCGUCUAUCCUCGCAAAGCUCGUCUAGUUAAAGUCUCCGAGCAAUAUAUCGAGGAUCUCGUUUCAGAGAACCAACGACUGCGCAGGUCCUCAUCACGGCCCCCAAACGAAGAGACCGCUGUACUGGCACAAUGCCCUGUCCUCGCUGAAGUCCCAUGGUUUGUUAACGCAGACUCCCUUCACACCCCCAUAUUAGUCGCCGAAGCCUCAGACUCGGCGUUUGCCACACGAUGGCGACAGGCCAUGUCAAAUGCCCAACAUGGGCAUCUUCCUCGAGUCAACUUUCCCAGCGAUGAGCAGCUGCUAGCCUUGUCGGAUGCGGAAUGUCCAUGGCCGACCCCUGCUCGUGCACACCUUCUUGUCCGAGCAGCGCUAAAUGGCAUUGGUCGCUGCUAUCAUAUUAUACGGCGCAGCUCGAUUUCCCAGGAACUUGAACGCACCAUUCAAAAUCAUUCGCAGACCGGAUUGCUGUCGAAGAGUAAACUUUGGGCCGUGUUUGCAAUCGGCGAGAUAUACACGACCAGGCACUCGGCAUUGGAAAGAGGAUUCCCCGGUCUCCAUUACUUUUGUAAAGCAAUGAACAUUCUCCGCAUCGUGAGCGAAAGGCCGAGUGUCGACAUGGUCGAGAUCCAGCUCCUCCUGUCUGUAUACUCGCUCUUCCUCAACCGACGACAUGCUGCGUACAGUUUAGCUGGCUCCGCUGUGCGACUAGCUACCAUCAUGGGGCUGCACCUCAACGUCCCUGAGACUCAGAUGAGCGAUGCGGGCGAGCGUGAGCACCGAAAUCGUAUUUGUUGGACAGCCUACACUCUCGACCGUAUGUGGGCAGCGAAGCUUGGAUAUCCAGCUGCCAUUCGAGGCGAUGAGAUCGAGGUGGAUCUCCCGUCAAACCCUGUAGGCCUAGAUGAUAACGCUUCAAUGGACUUUCCGGAUCGUGCAUAUUCCAUUGCUCGAAUAGAGCUUGCCCAACUAUCCGGACGGAUCAUCUAUUCAAUAUACGGUCAUAAGGCAGACACGCCAUCUUUAUCGCACCGGGUUCAAGAUGCCUUUAGCGAUCUUCGGCGUUGGUUGAAAGACCUCCCACCCUCUCUCCAGAUCGAUGCGCCAGAUGAAGGCGAGUUGGAUCCUCGAGGCAGGUCUCUGCAUCUCUUAUUCAAUCAGCUCGCUAUUCUCGCCACUCGCCCAAUACUACUCCAUGUCCUCCGCGCACAUCUCGAAGCCCGCGAACAGCAGCCCGACACUGAGGCAAAUGUUCCAGCCUCUGCUGUUGCUUUAUCAGAGACGUGUAUUCGUUGUGCUCGGCAUUCUUGUCGCCUUUUGGUUGACAGCUGGAUGAACGGCACCUUUAUGAUUUUCGACUUCUUCUACACCCAAUAUCUGUUCUCAGCCACGACUGUCCUAGGCAUCUCAACCCUACUCGGGAGCAAGGACCGCCAGAUCGAUGAAGAGCAAUUUGAAAUAGCGACCUGCUUUCUUGAGCAACUACGGGACGGUGGUAACUAUGCUGCUGCUGAGUUCUACCAGCACAUUGAAGCUGCCAUGAGCCUGAUGGAAACCGCAAAGACGCGUCUGAGCGUUCAUGAUGGGAAUGCGACUGCAAUACCCAAGGAUUCAACGACCAGCUCGAGUCUCAACGCAGGUAGUUUGGAGGAGGCUUCAUCUAUAAUGGAUGAUUAUAUGACCGCUGGAACAGCGCUUUCGGAACCUCUUCUGCAGGAACUGCUAGACCAGCCCCUUCCGGACCUUCAGUUCAUCGACUCUUCUAUGUAUCUGGAUGAGCAACAGCCUGAAUGA